AUUGUGACAUCAUGGGAGUUUCCCAUCCUGCACAGACAAUAAAAGAACAGGCCUUCUGACAGACACUUCACUCUCACCAGCGGGAGUAGAAGUGAUCCCAAAAGAGCGCUCAAAUCAAAUCAAAUCAAAUCAAAUCAAAUCAUCAUGGUGGCUUUGACUUCAACACCGGCCGACGUGGAAGCGGCAGUGGGUCUCCGGGAGGAGGAGAAGACGGUGGUGGUGGUGGAGAAGCGCUCGUACUCGGCCUGGAUGUGGAGGCUGUCUGCUGGCCUCCUAGUGGCUGCGCUGUGCUUGGGCAUGGUGCUGCUCUUCGCCUGGUACUGGCACGGACGAUCGGAUGGCAAGACGCCUUCGGUGGGCCCGACGCUGGCGCUGGUUGCCGACGAGGACAAGUCCGAUCCCCACCACACACUGAAGAAGAUCAGCAGCAAAGCCAAGGCGGCCAUUCAUCUCGAAGGUAUUCAUGAAGAAGGUGACAGCGUAAAGGAAAAGCUGCAAUGGCGUAACGGCCAAGGUCAGGCCUUCGCGCAGGGCGGCCUGACCCUGCACAACAACCAGAUCGUGGUGCCGCACACCGGCCUCUACUUCGUCUACAGCCAGGCGUCCUUCCGCGUCUCCUGCAGCGAAGACGGCCUGGAACACGACACGGCGUCUCCGGGGAAGCGCCUGGCGCCCCUCAGCCACCGCGUGUGGCGCUACUCGGACUCUGUGGGCAGCAAGGCCUCGCUGAUGAGCGCCGUACGCUCGGCGUGCCAGCAAAGCACGUCCGUCGAGGAGGAUCAGCGCUACAAGCACGGCUGGUACAACGCCUUGUACCUGGGGGCCGUCUUCCAGCUCAACAAAGACGACCAGCUGUGGACCGAGACCAACCAACUGUCCGAGCUGGAGACGGACGGCGGCAAGACCUUUUUCGGCGUCUUCGCCCUCUGACCAACUCUACGGCUGUGUUCGAAAUCACUCCGGUUUCACGUGAACUUUGACAAAGUGAUUUGCCGGCACUCGAUGAAUCGCUUCCGCCGUUUAUAAAAAUCUUUAUAUUGAGAUUAGAGCAUCGAUAAGGAUGAACGAUUCCAAACGCAGUCUCUGCCUUUAUUCAUCGUACAACGGUGAUUGAGAACUGCUUCAAUCUCAAUGGAGAUGACCUCGAGCGGAUGCCAUCUUUGUACGAACUGCAACAGUUUGCAACUCCAUUUGCGCUAUUUAUUUUUUUACAUUUAUUUUAUAUUUUUUAAUAAGUUAUUUGCAAUGUCACGUUUGGAAUGUGGACUCUCGUGUGUCUUGUCUGGUACAAAUAAAAACGCACUCACUUACAAGAGGGGGAAGUUGUCAAACUGCUUCAGCCGGCCAGACACACACACACACACACACACGGAUCACAAAUCCCUACAUGGGGAGCAAACAGUCCCUUUGUCUGGUCAAAAUUGGGAAUUUCCUCUAUCUUUAAGAGUGCAGUGUCAGGUGAAGGCCCACAGAAGCCUCAACCCACAGUGGGGUUUCCCAACCCUCUCACCAUCCUACGUGUUACCUACCACACAUACCAACCACCUCUGUAAGUCAGCUGUGUGUGUGAGCGGAUGUGUGUGUCAUACAAACCACUGGUUACACAGACAUUCUAUACCAAGUAAAAAAAAUACUUGGGCUUAGGUGUUCACCAAAAAAUGAGGCACAGGAAGUAGCAUACAUGAGAGACCAGCUGUCACAAAAAUUCAAUACGUGUAGAAAUCAUUGCAUGUAGAAAUGUUCUAGCUGAGAUUUGACAUAUUUCGCAGCCUUUUCAACCUUUUUGUAUUUCGAUAUGUGGGUCAAAGACUACCCGUCAAUGACAGAACAUUUCGUCAGAAGGUCACGUGAA